AUGACAUGCUCAAUCGUGCGGCCGCUGCUUCGGCCAUGUCGCCGCUUUGCCCACGACCCAUCGGCCCUCACCUCACCUCUUCUCCUUCGGCAACAUAGGAAAGGGCCAAUACGUGCGGCCUCAACAACGUCCAAACAUCCUUCCGGCUUCACCCCACCCACAACUGAAGACCUCUAUGAACUCCGUGAACGCGUCCAAGAGUUUACCCGGCGUGAGAUCCCCGAAGAAGUAGCCGCAGCCACAGACCGCAACAAUGACUUCCCCCAGCACAUGUGGAAGAAACUCGGCGAAGCAGGCUUCCUUGGUCCUACCGCGGAUGAAGACUAUGGCGGGCUCGGAAUGGGCUAUCAGGCUCACAGUAUAAUCAUGGAAGAAAUAUCACGGGCAAGUGGGAGCAUCGGAUUGAGUUACGCGGCGCAUUCGCAGUUGUGCGUGAAUCAACUGAGUUUGAAUGGGAGUAAAGGACAGAAGGAGAAAUAUCUCCCGGGCUUGAUCAGUGGGGAUAAAGUUGGCGCGUUGGCUAUGAGUGAGCAUAGCGCAGGUAGUGAUGUGGUUAGCAUGAAAACUACGGCGAAAGCGGCGGAUGGCGGAUACAAGUUGAACGGCACGAAGAUGUGGAUUACCAACGGACCGGAGGCGGAUUAUAUCGUCGUAUAUGCGAAGACUGAACCGGAGAAGAAAUCCAAGGGCAUCACCGCCUUUAUCGUGGAGACAGCCACAGAGGGAUUCAGCGUGUCGAGGAAAUUAGACAAGCUCGGCAUGAGAGGCUCAAAUACCGGAGAGCUGGUGUUUGACAACGUCUUCGUCCCGCAGGAAAAUAUGCUGGGCCCAGUGAACAAAGGUGUCACUGUGCUUAUGGAAGGACUCGACCUUGAAAGAUUGGUACUGAGUGCAGGACCAUUGGGAAUAAUGCAGGCUUGUCUGGAUUUGGUGCUACCCUAUACACAUCAGAGGAAACAAUUCGACAUCCCGAUUGCGCAUAACCAGCUUGUGCAGGGCAAAUUGGCAGACAUGUAUACAAAGCUGCAGGCCGCGAGAGCAUACACUUAUGCGACGGCAAAGAAGGUUGACGAGGAAGGAGAGGUGCGUACUCAAGAUUGCGCUGGUGCCAUCCUGUACGCUGCUGAAAGAGCCACGGAAUGCGGUUUGGACGCUAUCCAGCUCAUGGGUGGCAAUGGCUACGUGAAUGAGAUCCCUGCCGGGAGGCUAUUGAGGGACGCGAAGUUGUACGAGAUUGGUGCAGGAACAAGCGAGGUUAGAAGGAUGGUCAUCGGAAGAGCCUUCAACAAGGAGUACAAAGACUAG